ACCACCUUCCAUCCCAGUAGAGGGGGAGGCUGGGAAGCCGGCUCAAGCCUGCCCUGUCCUUCCAGGAACUGGGAGCGGUUCCAGGCUUAGGCGCGGCGCUGAGUGAAAGCCAGGCCAGGCAAUGAGUGCAGCCGGAACCGGAGUGUGUGUGGAGUGCGCGGAGCAGGAAGAGGAGCGCCGUGUAACGGCAGGGGAGGGCGGAUUUCGUAGGGGCGCACGAAAGAUGCUGCCGUCUCUGCAGGACUCUGUGGAUGGGGAUGAAAGGGAGCUGGAGAGCAGCGAGGAAGGGGCCGGCCCGGCGGAGGAGCGGCACAGUGAUAGCUACUACUGCCUGUACAGCUACCAGUGCUGCAGUUCAUCAGAACAGGCUGCUGGCAGUGAUGAUGGAAGUCCCAGCAGUGCAACAUCAGAAACUCCCUCUGCUGAAGAUUUUAGCCUCUCCCUGGUGGCUACUAACUUACCAGCUGAAGCAGAGACAGAAUUGCGCAGUUUUAUUGCUAAGCGUCUUGUUAAAGGAGCACUUUUUGAGGGGAUGGGCAAUGUUGCAUCUGUGGAGUUGAGCAUACCAGAAUGUCGAGUUGCUUGUUAUUACUGUCUUCUUCAACAAGAAAACACAACAGUGGAAUCAAACAUCAGCCCUCCAGAGUACAUAACUUGUUUCUUAGGCGGCUCAGAGAAAGGACUUGAGCUUUUCAGACUUGAGUUGGAUGUAUAUGUUCAAGGCCUGAAGGCUAGCCUUGAUUCAGAGAAAAGUAACCUGGAGACUUGUAUUAAACCAUACCUAAAAAAUUGGUUUGAGGAUUCUGUGUGCCCUAUCCAGAGAGUUGUACAGCUCUUCCAGCAGAAACUCACCUUUUUGUUACAUGCUGCUUUGAGUUACACUCCUGUUGAAGUUAAAAAUUCAGAUGAAAGAACAAAGAAAGAUAUUAACAGGUUUCUGAGCGCUGCCAGUCUCCAAGGUCUCAUUCAAGAAGGUACAGUGACCUCUUUGUGUAUAGCCAUGACUGAAGAGCAGCACAAAUCGGUGGUAAUAGACUGCAGUGGACUAAAGCCUCAAUUCCAUAAUGCAGGAAGCAACAAAUUCUGUGAGGAUUGGAUGCAAGCUUUUCUUAACAGUGCUGAAGGUGGAAAUCCAUUUCUCUUCCAGCAAAUACUGGAGAACUUUAAAUUGAAGGCCAUACAAGACACUAACAACCUGAAGAGAUUUAUUCGUCAGGCAGAAAUGAACCAUUAUGCCUUGUUUAAGUGUUACAUGUUUCUAAAGAACUGUGGCAGUGGAGAAGUCCUUCUGAAGAUCGUUAAAGUGGAGCAUGCUGAAAUGCCAGAAGCCAAAAAUGUAAUAAUUGUCCUUGAGGAAUUCAUGAGAGAAACAGCAAUAGCGUAAGAUCUUAAUUUUUGUACUCAUUUUCUGCUAUUAUAUAAAUAAUUCCUUCUUUGUAGAUCAGAAUUCAUUAUUGCAGAAACUUAAAUUAUAUUCGAGUGCAUUCAGUCAUUUCAAACUUAUUUCACAUCUGGGUCUUUUUAUAGUUCCUCUUUUUAGAAAAAGCAGCAUGAGAUUUGCUUCAGUUUUUGAAUAUAGCAUUUUAUGCCAAUUCAGCCAUUCAUUUUUCAACACUUACUAGAUUUUGCAUCUGAUUCCUCUUCCUUUUUUGGGGUACCACACCAUUUUGUUUUUUACUGUCAUAGGAAAAACUUCCACAUGAAUGGCAGUGACAGUUUAAGCAUUUAAAAAUGUUUAAUGCAUAAGAUCAAGUAGAGAGGAUCAUGACUAAAUGUUGAGAUCAGAUUUAUUUAAACAAACAAAAAAGUCAUAUAAAGAACUACAAACAUUUGGAUAAAUUGCAUAUAGUAAAUGAAUUAAACAUAUUCAGUUCAGAGAAUUUUCUCAGGCAACAAGGUCUAUGUUCUUGUCACUUGUUUUCACAUCCUUAAUUCUGGAAGUCUGUACUUCUCUGAUCAGAUUAUCUCUUAGAUUAUGCUUGCUGAACUGAUUUGUUUUAAACUGAACAUAAUCUUUAAAAUAAGCUUUCCUGACUUGUAUGGAAGGUUGAUGUGGUGUGUGCCUCAGAGUAUGUAUACACGUCGAACCAGUCAAGUUAUGUGUAAAAUGAUAGGCCUGAUUCUUCACUUCCUUAUCAGUCUGUUAUCACUGAUUUUGCACAGGUGUAUAAACACUAUGUCAGCAUGGUAGUGUUUUACAUUCACAUUCAGUGUAUCUGACUUCCUAAGUUGCUAGAGAGACAAGAUGGGUGAGGCAAUAUCUUUUAUUGGAUCAUUUGUCCAAGUUAGGUCCAAUAAAAGAUAUUACCGCCCCCAGUUUGUCUGUAUAGUAUUCUAGAACUACAGCACCAUUGCACAUAUAUAUGCUGCAAAGCAGUGGAGAAUCAGGCUAAAACAUUUAUAAAGAUGAAUUUAACCUGGCCUUAAGUCUGUGUUGAAUUAAGCUCAGGUCUAUUUCAUUUUGAAAGUCCAUCGUUGUACUCCCGAAAUGAAAUUUCCCACACAUCAUGGGAAAUACAUUUUCUAGCCCGUAAGUAAUUUAUACAGCAGAAUGUAAGAUAUACACCAUUUCAGGUACAAUAGGAACCACAACUAAGUUUAUCUUUUAUCAAGAUUACACAGAGGAGGACUGCAGGAAGGAGGCCUCAUGUAGGCAAAACUCUCAUUUAUUUCAAUUAACUAGCUAGGGAAUGCAGUCUGCAUGUAGUGUGUUUUAUCAUAACUCGACACUUAAUGAACUAGCCUAUUAUGAAGAGGUCUUUGUCACUAGCUGUAUUUGUAAUAAUUUAAUCAACCAGUUGUAUAACUGCUGUUUGUUUUGUGAGCGCUGUACAUCAGAGUUAAAAGGUACAUGCUUUCUUGCAAUGUAAUAAUAUCUAAUAAAAUAAAUUAAAAAUC